AGGAAAGUUAUUUGAGUUAUUUGUUUUUUUCAAAAAAAACAUGCGUACAAAUUCCCGCUGGGUGUGACCCAGAUAUCCGCACAGCCCCACUCGUCCGCGCAAACGAGCCCUUCCAGGACUUCUACCAUAGCUGGGGAAUGGAGCAGGAGUGUGUGGAUCUGCUGGCCCGAGUCUGUUUAGUCCUGGGAGACACUGGCCAGUCACUUAUCGAUGACACUUGUUUGGAGAAGCUGCUGGAUUGGUUCCGGGCAGUACUUGAAUGUGAGACUGGACUGUGUCUCCUGCGGCAGAACCCAUGUCUGACAAAUGUAAUUGUAAAUGUGCCUAAGCAGAAGGACCUCGAUCCCAGGAUCCUCUCAUUCAUCUUGAGGCUGACAGGACUGUUCACAGCUUCCAAUGACUACUUUGAUGAAUUGGAGGAGAAUGGGAUUGUAAGCAGUCUGUUCGGGAAUCCUGCAAAUCUGGGGACAGAGGUGUGGGAAGAAGCAACCGUACGAUGUGGCUGGCUCUUGGGAAUCCAAAAUAUGCUCCGGCAUGAAGCUGCACUUCAGUUCCUCCAAAAGCAUGGUUCCAUUGAGGCGAUUAUACAGCUUCAGAAGGAUUCAAGCCUGUUUGUGGCCUCGGCAGCAAUUCAACUUUUAGCCAAUGUUUUGACUUUCUCCUUCCAAAACUCUGAACUUGCCAACAUCCCAUUGGAUACCGACACAACCAAUACAAUUACCUCUGUGCCAUCUCCUGAGUGCCAAGACUGUGCCUAUGCAAUUAUUGAACACAUUGAAGGUUUCCUGAGGUCCAGUAUCCCUUCUAAAGUCCGACAGGCUCUGAAACUACUAUCCAAAGUGUCUGGAACCUGCCAUCCAGUUGUCAUAGCAUCACUGUGGCCAAAGGUAGCAGAAAGUGUGGAAUUGCUUGUAAAGGGCGACCUGGAUGGAAUUGGUCAGCAGUUGGUGGAACUGUUUGUGAAUUUAUCCAGGACUGCUCCAUCUGAGGUAUUGGAUUCUGGCAUCUGGGAGUUAAUGGGCAUCUUAUUGAACACACUGAAGCAGAAUGAAGCAUUAGCACUUGCUUCAGGGGUCAUAAAGCUGCAGAACUGUCCACAGCCAUUGAGAAGGCAAUCUUUGACAACAGUGCUCCAACCACUGAAUUCCAUUGCUGUAUCCUCCACACAACCCCAGGAUUCAGCUUUGCUGGAGGUGCCAUCAGGCUGCAGAGCUGACAUUGAGGAUCACCUUAUCAGAAAGUCAACUUGUAUUAACUUACUCUGUCAGACAAUUUCAUAUCUUCGAGAACUGUUGGAAACGCCCUUGCAGCCCGUGGAUUUGCAGUGUGACGCCUUGACCAGCUCUCUCCUGACAGUCUUACAGAUGUGCACUGGUGCUGCCAUCCCAACCUCUCCUGCUGGUGUAAUGUUUAGCAAACAUCUGAUCGGAUGCAUCAAAGUUCAGAGGGCAGGAUUGGAUACCCUCGGUGCAGUUGCUCAGUGGGCAGGGAGCUGCAAAGAAGUGGGGAAUACGAUGAACCUUCUCCUCGACUAUCUCCGAAACCCAGAUACAGAUCCCACAGUUCUGAAGAAAUCUCUCCAGGCUUUACUUUGCUGGAUGCAACAUUGUAAUGAAGCUACAGAUUCACAUACACUUGGGUCCAAGGUUCAAGAGUUUUUAAAUGGCGACUUCACAUCUGUACUAAAGAAACGACUAUUUGAUAUCCGUUGGGAGGUCCGAGAUUCCACCCUUGAGUUCCUUGGCCAUCUGUGUUUCCAGUUUAAAGAAAGCGACAGUUUCUGUGUGUUACUCGCUUCUUCUGGGAUUCAACAACUCAUUGUGGACCUGCUUUCAGACCCUGAAAGUUACGUACGGGCGAGUGCGGUAACUGCACUGGGACAGAUGAAAUACCUGGCUCACGAUUGGCAACCUUUACUAAAUCAGGAAACCAUUCUCUCCCGUUUGCUGGAAAUUUUGAAGCAGGAUUCAGAAGGCUUUCCGCGUAGGGCUGUGGUGAAGGUGUUUGCUGAGUGGGCAAAACAUUGCGACGUGCUGAGUGGGCAGGAAUUAGAGAAUUCAAUCUCAGUUGUAUUGAUGGCAGGGAGUGGAGACCUGGACUGGGAGGUCAAAGUUCACAGCCUAGAAGUGGCAGAAGCUUUCAUUGACCAAGCAGUAGCUAAGCUCUCCCCGUGUCCCUAUACAGCUCUUCUAACAAGGAACCCGCAGUCUGCAGAAGUGAGGAGCUUUCUCCAGAACCUGUGUGACGUUGGAAUCUUUAGCGUCCUGUUUAACGCGCUGUGGGACUGUGACAGACCCGCGGCUCAGAAGGCUUGCGAGAUACUUAUAAAACUAAAAAAGAUUAUUUCGAGCGGAAAUCGUGCAGAUGGCAAAGAAGUUCACGAGAUACUAAAUGGACACAGCCUGGGCAGAGAGAGCUUCAGCAGCUGGCUGAGUGAUCAUGGCUUGAAUUUGCAGAAUGGGACACACGUCCUGGAGGUUAUAAUCGCGUUAGAUUUGGAAUUUCAACACCGACAGCUCGAUUGUAGCAGCGACCACAUCGAGAGCAGCCUACGCUCCCUGCUUCAGGACAUCUUAGCAGCAGCUAGUCACUCAGAUGAGGAUGGUGCAGACUGCUAUUAAACCCAUGCUUCGGCCUGUUUUGAGGUCUGUGUGAAGCACUGGGUCCCAGCACCUUGGGACGUCCUCUCAAAGUGAAAGGCGCUAUACAAAUGUUAUUUGUACUGUAUUCAAAGUGUGGUCAUUCACAUUUUGUACACCAGACACUUUGUUACGGUGAAAGUAAAUUAUUUGUAUUUACUCAAAACACAUUUUAUAUCAUGUUUACAAAUCAAAUGGAUAUUUUUUCUA